UUCUUCAGGAUUUAUGCUGAUCUUUUCUACAAUUUUGAUAUCAGUUUGAAUCGGAGUCAAUGGAUGUGCAAGCCGCUCUGCAACAUCAUGAAGAUAUUAUUGAACAUUUGGAACAGCUGGUCGAGCAUAUAUUGGCUGUCUUGAACACUGAACAAGGCCAGAGGCCGGACUUGCAGGUGAAUGUGCAACAUAUAAUGCAGCGUUUGGGACUUAUUACAGACCAAGUGAACCUUCAGGCAGAACAGACUGCGGCUUUGAACAACACUGUCCAGGUGUUACGAGCUGAUGUGGAUGCCUUGCUUGCAGUAGUCUUCAUUGGACCGCCACCCUUACCAGAAGGACCACCGCCACUUACGCCACCACCACCACCAGGAUCACCACCAGAAGCAGGAUCACCACCACAAACACCACCAGGACCGGCACCACCUAUGCUAAAUGGUGGACCUGGCCUAAUGUGAUUCACAGUGUUAUUGGUUGAGACCUUAUAGGUAUGGAGCAUUGCUGAAGGAUAUUAUAGAAGAGACAACCAAAGAGCUACUAGAUUCAGCAAUAAUUCAAUCCAGUAUUUCUCCAUUCCUUUCCCUUGUUGUUCUGGUGUAGAAGGAAAAUACUUCGUGGAGGAUGUCUAUUGACUAUAGAUGCCUAUAGAUGCCUGAACAGUAUGACUGUAAAGGACAAAUUUCCUAUAGCUAUCAUUGUGGAAUUACUGGAAGAACUACAAGGAGCUAAAAUUUUUUUCUAAACCAUGACCUAAGGUUCGGUUAUCGUCAAAUCAUAAUGGCACCUGAAGAUAUACCUAAAACAACUUUUAGAACCCAUGAAAGCCAUUUUGAGUUCUUGUUUAUGCAUUUGGGUUAGUCAUUGCAUCUUCUAACUUCCAAAGUCUAAUGAACCAGAUAUUGAA